AUGCGCACCAUCCUGCGUACGCUCGUCCAGUCGCACGUCCGUGCAUCGACGGCACCCGACCCCGACCCCGACCCCGACCCGGCAACCCACAUCGAACCCCCUCGCACCCCAACUCCACCUCCUUCAAACGCUGCUACUGCUGGUGGGUCCUCGGUUGGCCGUCUGUCGUCGAGAGGUUCGAGUGUCAGAAGACUCUGGGAGUUGUUCGACGGUGACAGCCCCGAGGGCCGUGACCGCGCAGAGUUUCGCGUGCACCGAUUCUUCGGUAUUAUGCGCCAUAAUAUGAGGGAAAAGAAGGAGAACAUCAUUCUCGAGCAGAUUCAUAGGGCAGAGCGCGAGGCGGCAGUGGCCAAAGCGGCUGAAGAGGCAGCCAAAAACCCCCCACCCACAAUGUUCGAGCAGGUUUCGCGCGUCGUCACGGUCCCGGCCGCCUGGCUUGGCGGUGUCUUCAAGCGCACGGCGGCGAUCGACACGUCGUCUUCGUGGACCGACUCGACCGACACGGACGCUGACAACGGGAUCGACGCCGCCGCCAACAACAGCAACACUGAGGGCGACGCCACCGCCCCCACCGCCCUCGACGACAACGCGAAUGUCACCACCGAGUCGAACGGCGACACCCCCAAGGACGACGGCACGCGCGGCCACGUGGACGCAGGUCCUGUCGCGUCUGGCUCGGGCACCACGUCGCCAGACAACACUGCCAAGAUCAUCAAGUUGCGCACCAAGAGCGAGCUCGCGACCGCCACCGACGGUGACGAGUUCGCCGCCGGCACCACCUCGGACGUCGCCCCGGCCGGCUCGGAGCUCGCCGUCACCGGUGGCGCCGCCAAGUUCAUCCCCGUUCUUGCCUGGCACAACGACGCUACCGCUCUCAGCGCGACUAUCAACGGCGCCGAGGUCACGACUGCCCCCAAGCUCACAACCACCACCCCGGAGGCCGGUCCUUCCGCCGUGGCGGAGGCCGUCGUGGACGCCACCACCUCCGCGGUCCCCGAUGUCGUCAACCCCUCCAACGAGGUGACCAAGACCCCCACCCGCCCCGUCUCCGAGCUCACCGUCUCCGAGCUCACCGACGCCGAGUACGACGCCGCCGCCAAGAUCGGCCUCGAGGUCCACGCUUUCCCCCUCGGGGACCGCCAGACCACCGACACCACCGCCGUCGCGGUGGCCCCCCACCCCAAGACAUUCGCCGAGGACGAGGACGAGACCGACCCAUUUAACCUGACCAAGAUUCGUGCUCGCAAGUCUACGUCCGAGUCCGAGCACUCCACCUUCGGCCGCUACAUCAACCACACAUACAACCCGAAGGCCAACAACCCCUUUGAGCGCAAGCAGCCCAGGACGACCAAGCCUCCUAAGACCACCAAGAAGGCCUCCGCUGACCGCCGCCCCGCCAGUUUCCAUGGCGAGAUCGCACCCUCGUGGAACUUCAGCGACGACGACGAGCCAGCCCCCGUUCGCAGCUACACCCCGACGCAGCUGCCGAGCCGCGUGCUCCCCCCUCCGCCGACUCUGCCCGCCUCGAUGCUCGCGGAGCGCGACGCGCCGCCCACCCCUCGCCUCCGUCCGGUCGGCCGUAUCCGUUCCGCGUCGCGCUCGUCCAUCCGCACCACCAUCGACGGCGACGACGGCGAGGUCGUCCGCCGCCCCGCGACUCCCACCAACGAGACCCCCGUGAACCCAGGCGACCGUCCUGUCGUCCCCCUCGCCGCGACACUCUUCACGAACCACCGCCGCGGGCCUAGUAUCCUCACGACCCGCGAGCUGAACACCCUGUUCGCCGACUUCAUCUACAACACGCCGCUCGAGGUGCUCGACAACGCCGCGGCGGACCGCGUCUCCAACAUCACCCCGGUCGGCCUGGGCCGCCCACCGCGCUGGAGCCACGUCGGGCGCAAGGGCAACGCCGACGCGCUCGACGUGCCCGAGCUGCAGCUCACCGUGCCCACGCCGCGCACCGAGGCCGACCCCGGCCCCGGCUCGCCCAUGUCGGAGUUUGGCCUGAGUGAGGUUGAGAAGCAGUUGCGCCAGCAGGGGCUCCGCAACACGCUGGCACCUUGGGACCGUGUCGACGUCGACAAGGAGGAGGGCACCAUCUCGUGCGGUGUUGUCGCGACCCGCGGCCCCCGCGUCUCGUUCUCGCAUGUGCGCACCCUUACCGUCCCGGGCACCGACAACGGCCCCAUGGCGCCUCCCGUCCGUCUUCGCCGCGCGACCAUCUCGCACGUCGACCGCCGCGGCGUGGACCGCCUGUCCAUCUCCGACGCCGAUAACAACCACUCCCUCGCGCACCCCCUCGCGCUCCCCGUCGUCCAGCCCCGCGCGCGCGUGUCCUUCCCGCCCGACCUCGUGACGGCCACCCACCCAGCCGCGAGAACCUCGACGCUCAAGUCGUUCCACUCGGAGGACAAGGAGUGGAAGUACACCUUCAAGGGCAAGGUGCGCAACGCGUUCCGCGCGCUGCGCAAGUGGGUCAAGGCCCGCGCGCGUCAGUUUGGAGCGGGGGCCAAGGACGCGUGGCGCAAGUUUGUGUGCUGCCCUUACGAGGACGAGGACGAGCUCGACGUGCUCGAGCAGGGACAGGGGCAGGCACAGCAGGUUGUUCGCGGCGCGGCGGUGCGCGCCGCCGUGGGAGCGUAA